GCGGGGCCUCGGGGUAUUGGGGGGGCGGGCAGGACAGCAAACCGCUUCCUGCGCACGCGCGGCCCCCGCACCGCUAACGCAUGCGCCCUGCGUCGAGCGUGGCGGCAGCGCGAGUUCCGGGCGGAGGGCUAGACCGCAGAGCCGCGGGAUCGAGGAGGAUCAGGUCAAUGUUGCUGGCCCAGGGACCCAAGGCUUGGCAGGGGGUCUCAAGACUCCGCUCUCAGCUCAAACCCUCAGUCCUCCCUAGGGCCCUAGGAGGUGAGGUCAUGUGUAUGAAGCCCCAGUUCCUGUCAAGCCAAAGUUCUGCAGGGCCAGACCGGCCCCUGCGCCCCAGGCUGCGGACUAGGCUGUUGGUGACUGUCUUGUUUGGAGCCGGGCUGGGCUGGGCCUGGCUGAGCGCUCGGGCAGAGAAGGGGCGAAGGCAGCAGCAACAGCGCACAGAGGCCCUGCGCCAGGCUGCUGUGGGCCAGGGGGACUUCAGCCUGCUGGACCACCGAGGCCAGGCUUGCUGCAAAGCCGACUUCCGGGGCCAGUGGGUGCUGAUGUACUUCGGCUUCACACACUGCCCUGACAUCUGUCCAGAUGAGCUGGAGAAGCUGGUGCAGGUGGUGCGCAAACUGGAAGCUGAGCCCGGCCUGCCCCAGGUGCAGCCUGUCUUUAUCACCGUGGACCCUGAACGAGACGACGUCGCAGCCAUGGCUCGGUAUGUCCAGGACUUCCAUCCGAGGCUGCUGGGCCUAACCGGCUCCCCCGAGCAGGUGGCCCAGGUGAGCCGCAGCUACCGCGUAUACUACAGCGCAGGCCCCAAGGAUGAGGACCAGGACUAUAUUGUGGACCACUCCAUCGCCAUCUACCUGCUCAACCCUGACGGCCUCUUCACCGACUACUACGGCCGGGGCAGGUCAGCGGAGCAGAUCGUGGACAGUGUGCGGCGGCACAUGGUCGCCUUCCGCAGCAUCCUGCUCUGAGGUACUGCCAUUAAAAUGGGAUGUUUAGCC